AACGGAAGUGAUCCCGCCACAUCAUGUGACCCAACUACACUACUUUUCUUUUUUUGACUCAUCUCAUGACGAUGAUGCUACAUCCAUUGAUGAUAUAAUUUGUACAUACCGAUAGAAUUUGCCUAAUGCACCUUCCGCGUCGGAAGAUCCUGUACAUUUCCUGUCUUUUCUGCUAAACCGUCUUGCACCUCCCAGUUUAAAACUUUAGUCCUGUGUUCUACACAUUCCAAAAGAUCUAAAGAUGGUCCGCAUAACCCGCUCCACCACUGCGCGCCAGGCAGCAUUAGCCGCCUCUCAAGCGCAAUCCAGCAACUCUACAUCAUCCCAAGUCCCGAGCGUCCGCCUUUCCACGACUUCUCCCAGCCAAGGACGAAAUCGGUUGCAACGCAACAGUCCCCUCCAGGUCAAGACCGAGGAUGCCAUCCCGGAACCCGCUCCCAAGCGGCGCAAGAGGAACAAUGCCACCACUCCCCCGCAAAACAAGGACCUCAACGACCUCCCUCACAACCUCGGCGCGGUGAUAUCCCCCACAACCCCGGCCAACUCUCGCAUCAGGUCCGAAACCUCCGCCUCCGCCUCUCCCAUCAAGAAGGAAGAAGAAGCAAUCAACAAUCUCGCCAAAGACCUCCAAACCACCGUCGGUAAAGCCACAUCGCACAAUGAUGACGACCUGUCUCCCCCCCGCAAGAAAUCCCUCGCAAAAGCAGCGCGAGCGAAAGCGAAAGCGAACCAAUACGGCCUGACCCCCGGAGUCAGCCCCUUCCCCGACUGGCCCCACCCGACGCCCGACGAAUGCGAAGAAGUCGACCGGCUCCUGUCGUCGAUCCACGGCCGGAUCGUGGCCCCCGCGACCAUCCCGGAGCCCUCGCUGACCGUGACGGGGUGCGGCGAGGUGCCGUCCGUGCUGGACGCGCUAAUCCGGACGCUGCUGAGCGGGGCCACGACGGGGAACAACUCGGCCAUGGCGUUCAACGGGCUGGUGCAGCGGUUCGGGAUCCUGCGCGAGGGGAUCGGCAAGGGGAGCGUGGAUUGGGAUGCGGUGCGGCGGGCGCCGGUGCGGGAGGUCUUUGAGGCGAUCAAGCGCGGCGGGUUGGCGGAUGUGAAGAGUAAGAAGAUCAAGGCGAUUCUCGACAUGGUGUAUGAGGAGAAUAAGGCGCGCCGGGAUUUGUUGGUUGGUGGUGGUGGUUCGGAUGCCGACGCUGAUGCUGAUGCUGAGGGGGAGGCGUCGGCGGCCCUGGCGGAGGGGGUGUUGAAUAACCAGUCCGAGGGUCACAAGAACUACGAGAUUGCGUGCGCGGACCAGAACUUCCUGAAUCUGAACCACCUGCACACGCUGAGCACGGAGCGGGCGAUGACGGAGCUGGUCAAGUAUCCCGGCAUCGGGCCUAAGACGGCGGGCUGCGUGCUGCUGUUCUGCCUGCAGCGGCCCUGCUUCGCGGUCGAUACGCAUAUCUUCCGCAUCUGCAAGUGGCUGGGCUGGGUGCCGCCGAGCAAGGUGACCGAGGUGACGGCGUUUGGUCAUCUGGAGGUGCGCAUCCCGGACCAUCUGAAGUAUUCGCUGCAUCAGUUGCUCAUCCGCCAUGGGAAGUCUUGCCCGCGAUGUCGGGCUAUCACGGGACAGUCUUCUGCGCGGUGGGAGGAGGGCUGUGUCAUCGAUCAUCUGGUGAAGAGGACUGGGAAGAGAAAAGCAGGGGUCUAAUAGAUGGGCUUGGAUCAUUGCUUGGGUGUUUAAUGGGUACUACGUGUAGAAUUAUGCUGCGGAACCCCUCCUGGAGAUAUAUAUGUACCCCGGAUGUUGCUCGUUGCUAGAAAAUAUCACCUCCCCUAUUUUGCUAGACAAGAAAAAAAGCAUCGAGCUCUCUUGCUGAAUGACA